AUGGCCAAGUUCUCCCUUCUUACGGCAGUGCUGGCACUCGCCUCCUCCGUCGCUGGCCAGUGCGGUGCGGGCACACCUGACGCCAGAGUCACCGGCUCUGGAAGCUCUUUCGUAGCGACCAAGGGAUCCAGCCAGGUUUACGCCGGCUCUGACUACCGUGCCGCCAUCCAGGCCGCCAUCGACUCCAUUUCAAGUGGCCAACGCGUCUCGGUCAUUGCCUCUGGCUCCAUCGGUGCGAGCACCAUAACCAUUGGCAGCGGCAAGACCUUCGAGGGUUGCGGAACUAUCAAUGUCGCUCUUCGAUCUGGCCGUGGCGCCAUUGAGGUCACCAACGCCUCGGGAGUCAAAAUCCCCUACCUCUCCAUGACCGGCAACCCAUACUUCGGUCUGCGCUUCUACGGCACCAAGGACCUCACCCUUGGCGCCAUCAACAUGAACCUCAGCGGCGGCCUCGGUAUCCGUUUCGACCGCGACCAGGCCGCCAACUCGAACGUCAAGAUGGGCACCAUUACCGUCAACGGCGCCGGCAGUCACGCCGUCGAGACCUGGAACAUCGACGGACUCACCAUCGACCAAGUCAUCGCCAAGAACUGCGGUGAGUCUGGACUGCUGCUCCAGAAGACCACCAACGCCCGCGUCGGGCUCGUUGACGGCAACAACGUCGGCGCUGGCACUGGCUACGGAACCCUCCGCUUCGCCAACAACAACGGCCAGCUGUCCAACGGAGCUUACACCACCAACGUCUUCAUCACCAAAGUUGUCUCCCGCGGCGGUGGCCGUGGCAUUUUCUGCGUCUCCCAGUCUGGUGGUGCCGAGAUCGGCAGCAUCGACCUUGCCAACAACGGCAACAACGCCAUCCUCAUCGAGAACUGCUACGGUGUCACCAUCAAGGGCGGCACCGUCAACGGUGGCGGCGAGGUCCGCAUCUCCGCCCGCACCGAGUUCCCCAACACCCGUGACAUCUCCAUCACUGCUAGAGUCGAUGGCACCACCGUCCGCGAGUCCCCUUGUGGUACCAACAUCAAGUGGAACCUGUCCGGAAAUGGCGCUCGCAACAUCUGCUAA